AUGGUUGAUUUUCGAGAUGGUUAUAUUCAUGAAAGUGGGUCAUCUAGUGGUACUAUUAGUCAUUCUAUGGACCAUACCAUGAAAAUGCUAUACGAUGGCUUCCCAUAUGCUUCAAGAUAUGGUCAGGGAGAGUCAUUUGAAAACGUGACAGUUAAUGAAGAGAUAAUAGAUCAUGAAGAGGCAGUUGACAUGACUGAUUACGAUAGAUAUAAUAGGUUGGUCACUGAAGCGCAAACCCCUUUGUACCAAGGUUGUGACGUGACUGUUUUGAGUGCAAUCAUGUCACAUAUGCAGUUGAAAGUGAAGCAUAAAUGGUCAAAUAUCAGUUAUGAUGGUAAUUCUGAAUAUAUUAAGAGCAUGCUACCUAAGGAAACCCAGUUUCCUGAAAGUCAUUAUAAGACAAAGAAGAUCCUGAAAGACCUCGGUCUCAGUUAUGAAAAAAUACAUGCUUGCAAGAAUAAUUGUAUAUUGUUUCGUGGAGAUUUUGCAAGAGAUGAUGAGUGUCAUGUGUGUUUUGAGUCGAGGUGGGAGCCAUAUUCUUUGUAUAAGAAGAAAAAGGUUCCAGUAAAGGUGCUUCGUUAUUUCCCAUUGAAACCUAGAUUGCAACGUCUUUACAUGUCUGCGGACACGACAAAGGAGAUGAGAUGGCAUGGGUUAGAAAGGGAUGAUGAUGAUGUUCUUAGACAUCCAGUAGAUGGGGAGGCUUGGAAACAUUUUGACAUAUUAUAUCCUGACUUUGCAACAGACAUUCGAAAUGUAAGAGUCGCAAUUGCAAUAGACGGGUUCAAUCCUUGGGGACAACAAAGUUCGUCUCAUAGUACUUGGCCUGUUAUUGUUGUGCCAUACAACUUCCCUCCCUGGAUGCUAAUGAAGAAGGAGUUUAAUUUUAUGACUCUAUUAAUUCCUGGUCCAAAGUCUCUGGGAAAGUGUCUUGAUGUGUAUAUGCAACCAUUGAUUGAUGAGUUGAAAGAUUUAUGGAUAAAUGGAGUCCAAACAUUUGACAGAUAUACUGGAACUUCAUUCAUGAUGAGAGCAGCAGUAAUGUGGACCAUUAGCGAUUUUCCUGCUUAUGGAAUGUUAUCCUCUCAAACCACUAAAGGGUACAAGGCAUGUCCGGUAUGCUUGGACAACAUACAUUCUACUUGGCAUGCUGGAAAGGUAUGUUACAUGGGUCACCGUAGAUGGCUUCCAAUUGAUCACGAAUGGUGGUUUGAUGCAACAGCAUUUGAUGGGAAGCAAGAGUUUGAUAUGGAACCUAGACAUUUAUCUGGUGAUGAAAUUUUGGAAAAGUUAAACUCAUUCGAUUUUGGUCGGCUAAGCAGUCAGCCGAAGUUCCCGCGACCUAAGCGCCCUGAAGAUCUCUUAUGUUGGGACCACAAGAGUGUGUUCUUUGAGUUGCCUUACUGGUCAAAAUUGAAACAAAGACAUACCAUAGAUGGCAUGCACACAGAGAAGAACGUAUUUGACAGCAUUAUCGGAACAACUUUCGAUUUUAAAGAGAAGACAAAAGACACUGUUAAAUCGCGUGUGGAUUUGGAAUUUCAUGGCCUACGGCCACACUUAUGGGUCAAAAGGAAGGGGUCAAAAGCUGUAAUCCCUGUUGCAUCUUACACAGUGAAGCCAUCUUUGAAACCAUUAAUAUUUAAAUGGUUUCAUGAUGUAAAGUAUGCUCAAGGGUAUGCAUUAAAUAUAGCGCGUUGUGUUAAAGUGGAGGAACAAAAGAUUUCAGGAAUGAAGACCCAUGAUAGUCAUGUGUUAUUGCAGCGGCUUCUUCCAGUGGUAAUUAGACCCUAUUUGCCGGCUAAUAUGGUUGAUCCAUUAAUAGCCUUGUCCAGUUUCUGGCAAAAGUUAUGCGCUAGAGAACUGAAGAAGUCAGAUGUCCUUAAAUUGCAACUCGGAGGUUAUAAAGGCUAUGUUAGAAAUAGAUCUAACUCGGAAGGGUCAAUAGCAGAGGCAUACAGGGCACACGAAUGUGUAACCUACUGUAAUUUAUAUCUCCAUAAUGCAGAUAACACAGACUCAACCAAUGUGGACAUUAUACAUAGAUUCAACCUUUCAGUUGUUUCUAAAGAAGUAAGAAUGUUUGGUAACUUACCAAAUUCAGAGAAAUUGAGUGAAAAUGACCUCAUUGAGGCUCAUUGGUGUGUACUGCAACACUGUGAAGAAGUCGACAAGUAUCGAGAUUAUCAUAAGGGACAAGUUCAACAGAGGCAUAAGAAAGAAUUUCCAAAUUAUUUUCAAACAUGGGUGAGAAAGUUGCAACGAGAUAAUAGUAGCGAGUACUUCUCGGAGUUGCAACAUUUGGCUGGGAAGCCUCAGUCACAUAAUGUAUAUUCGGCUUGUGUUGUAAACAGCGUUAAGUUCUUGACAGAGCGACGAGAUCAAGGGCGAAAGACACAAAAUUGCGGCGUUAUGGUAGGGGGUGAGGAUGAGGAAGAUGCAUAUUAUGGGAUUGUUGUUUCUGUUGUCGAGCUACUUUAUGCAGCUGGUAUGCCAAUUGUGUUAUUCAAGUGUAGAUGGUUCAAUACUAACCCUAAUGUUCGCAGGAGUACAAUACUAGAUCAUGGCUUGUUAUCAAUGAAUACAAACACCAGUUGGUAUGAGAAUGAGCCAUUCAUACUUGCUACCACGGCAAAACAAGUGUUCUAUCUUGAUGAUCCGAAAGAGGGUGGGGGUUGGAAAAUAGUUAACAUGAUGUCACAUAGAAACAUAUAGGCUGCAACCACACUUUUACGGGGUGCCGAACGAGAUAUUGAGAAUGUGGUAGUUGAACCAUAUCAAGAACUUUCUAGCUCUCAAAUCCCCGACACAAAGACUAUUCGUACGAACGACAUGUAUAACCCUCAAGCUAUUGGGUAUGUUCCCAUUGACACUUUAGAGUUCGACUUUGAUCCACUACAGUUUAUACCACCUGAUGAAGAGGACUUUAUUGACGAUGAAAAUGAAGAUGAAGUUACAGAUGAAGAACCAGAUGAGGAUCCUCCAGAGGACGGUCUAAGAGAUGAGGAUUCAUAUGACAGCGAUUGAUUACUAAUGUGUAUUGUCGAUGA